AUGUAUGACAUUGACUUUCUAAACCGGCUGAGUCGCACACUUUGUGAAGCAGUUAAUGAACAGGAUAGGCGUGUUGCCGAAGAGACGCUUUCAAAAUUGAUUGACUCUAACCAAUGUCUGCAACAUUGUCUUUUGCUUUUGGAAAGUGGAGAGCAACCUUAUGCACAAGUAGUUGCUAGUGGAGCGUUGAAGCGCUUGUUAAACAAAAAAGUCAGUUUGAGCCUUCAGGACCGUCUUGAAUUAAGUCGUUAUUUGCUUAAAUACCUCGUUGAUCGACCUUCUCUUCCUCUCUACAUUCAAAAUCCUUUGUGUAAAUUGUAUGCUUAUUUGACCAAAAUUGGAUUGUUGGAGAAAGACCAGACAGGAACGUUUCAUUUUCAAAUGCCGAUAGAUCAAAUUUUGACUUUGGCCAAGGAGCCUACAGCUGAAGGAACUAUAGGCUUAAAGCUGUUAAAUUCUUUGGUGGAGGAAAUGAAUUUGGAGGAAGGCUUCGAAUCUGUUAGCAAGCAAAGAAAGAUUUCUGGUUCUUUUCGAGAUACUCGACUUUUGGAUAUUUUCAUUGUUUCGUUGGAUAUUCUUAAACAGGCUGCUGAAGCUAAAACUUUGAAUGACUCUAUGGUAUAAUUUAAAUUUUUUAAUGAUUUUCUAGUUUCUAUAACCUAGUAAAGGCCGAGUCCAAAGAAUUCGCUUUUUUCCUCAAUCCUCUCCAGAUUUUUUCUUUUUUCUCAUUUCGUGGGGAAAGGAGUGGGGGGGGUUCUUUACCGGUUACUGGCAUGAUGAAGGAUGUCACGAUUUGAGAAAAUAGAAAAUUCUUAAACAAGCUUUUAACAAUAAAAAAGGUUGUGACUUUAAGUUGGUAAAGGUUCGAUUUAGUCCGAUGAAUUUUCUUUU